CUUUGGAGUUUCUUCCACAUGCUGGAAAGUACUAGAAACCUUUAGCAGAGAGACUAUAUAAACACGUUGCCAGGCAGCGCUCGUGAAGAGAGAAAUUUUGCGCUUUUGCACGUGUUUGACCUUACGAUACUUUUCUGUUUCCGCUCAGCGAGUGUUUCGUUGUGCUGCAUCUUCGUGCUGACUUUUGUGCUUAGUUCUACUUGAAAUGGCUUUUGCACUGAUACCCGCGCUUUUUGGCAGAGACUGGUGGGAUACUUGGGAUUAUCCAACAUGUAUUAUGGAUCAGUUAUUCGGCACUGAAAUAGUGGAAGAUGAUCUCCUACCAGCAUCCUCGUACCGUGGUUUGGUACUUAGGCCACGCACUCAAGCAAAUAUUGCUGCAUCGGGGAAAUCUGAGGUGAAAAACGACGAUCAGAAUUUCGAAGUCUCUUUAAAUGUUAGCCAGUUCGAACCCGAGGAGUUGGAAGUAAAAGUUGUUGACAACUUCGUCGUAAUCCAUGGCAAACAUGAAGAAAAAAGCGACGAGAAAGGCUUAGUAUCGCGGGAGUUUACCCGACGGUAUAUGUUACCCCAGAACUGUGAAGGAGAUAAAGUAACAUCAAGUUUAAGCCCUGAGGGUGUCUUAACAAUAAACGCGCCAAAGAAAGCCAUUGAAGAGAAACCGAAAGAAGAAAUUAAAGUGCCAAUAUCCAAGGAGGAAGCUAAAGCUGUUGAAGACAAGAAAUGAUUAAUGUAGAUCGUCGUUACUAAGUUGCAAAUUCAAAUUUAGUGCUGAUGGAUUUUCUUGCUUUAAAAAGAAUGAAAAAUUCCUGUUUAGACUUUAUUUAUUCAUCAUUAUUGAACAUUAAAAAUUAUCAUUUCACUAUUAAGGACUGUAAAUUAUUGUUUGAUAAUUGAACUAUCGCAAGUUGUGAUAUGUAAAAGGCUGCAGUGUACGUAAGUGUAAAAUUUGUAUUAUAUGUAGUCUUUGUAAAUUUGUACUUGCAUAGCUUAAUUAAUAAAUAUGUAUUAUUUAUAUUAUUA